CUGGUGAGCAAAAGGAGACAGCAGAUGGUAAACUACGAACUGUUAAGAGAGAGAGUCGAUAAAAUACCGCUACCACAAAUCCCGGAUACCUGGAUACCGAAACUUAUCCAGUCGAUACCGAGUCGGUACAAGAAUUCGGAGCGGUUUAAAAAUGUACUAGACGGUUUGGUCGAUGAAAUUAGCUCGAUGUUUCAUAAGAGUAUGAAAGAAUUUACAAGUAAGUAUUUGUGUGUGUGCGUGUGUACUUUUGAAAAAAUGACGUCACCGCCAACAACAACAACAACCAUAGAAAUUACAUUAGGAAGCUGCAAAGAACAAUUUCAACAGCAUAGAAAGAGAAUUAAGUUGAAUCUGCACGUCUUGAAAGCGAGCGUUCGGCUUGCGUUUGAACUCGGCGAGAAAGCACUGAGGAGGAAUAUCAUCUGUGAUUUCAAGCUACUCUGUCAAAAGUCCCCAUUCACUAUAAAAUACCUGAGAUCAUUUGUCUCAAGAGAGUGUGAUAGCUUUGAAGAGAGGACGAUGACAGGGUGGCUGGUUGAGAUAAUCAAAAUUUUUGAGAGCCAUAAAGACGUUGAAAAGUUGAAAGGCACUAAGUUACAGUCAUACAAUCGUUGUCUCGAUAUAUUAAUGUCUAUACAGUUGAGAGAUCUAAUUGAAAGGUCGGUUGAUACCUGGCUGCAGUUGAUAACAUCAGUCAAAUAUAUCACCAACAACAAUUUGAUACCGAUGGUUUUAGUGGCUCUAACUUACGAAGAUGGCUCUGUGCAGUUCUAUCCGACAACGCCAGACGUGCAAGGAGCUUUCUGUGAGGUCGUCGAUAAAAUUGCUAAUACUCUGCAGUUGGUUCCGACAGUUAGCUCGUCGACAAAGCACAACAACAAAAACCACAAUGAUGACGUCACUGGCGAUGAUGAUGAUGACGAUUUUAGGUACAUCAACUGCAAACUGAACGACGACGAAGUUGGCAACAUUCACGCUUCAAUUAGGUCAAGUAUGGAAGAAAAUACGUACGGCUACGUUGUCAAUGGUGAUGCAAUGAAUGACGUCAUCAACCGUUUCGACGCGGACAGCACUUCAACUGAGGAAUUAAUUAAGAUGUCAGAACAGUUCGAGAAAGUCUCACGGGAGAUCUCGACGCUGCCUCGACUGGUGCACUUCGGUCUGGUUGUGGUGGACAGCAGCGACUUGAAGCAGGAACUGUGCAAGGGCUGCAAGCUGCUCUCCAGCUACAUUCUCGACAGGCUGGCUGGGAAUCUUGCUCUAGAGAGUUCCAGCUUGAUAAGCGAGUACGAGCAGAUAUACAAGCGGGCCUCAGAGGUGCCAGACAACAGCGAGCAGCUGGUCGAACUGAUUCAAUUCAUCGACACUGCCCGCACAAAAGAACUCGUCGAAUUGAAAAUUCGCGUCAGCGAAUUUGCCCAACAUUUAGUUUCGCUACUGAGUUGCUACCUAUUUAGUAAAGAGCGGAUGGCGUCGAACACGAGGGUGGUUCUCUGGCCCAGUGAGAUUAGUCCGAUAUUCGAACUUUCUGGAGAGAAAGCAGAGUCAUUGAAAGUGAUGGCGAGGAAGAUGUUGUCCUCAUCGAGCGAGCAACUCUUCGCGGAGUUGAAGAAAAUUCGCGACAGAUGUCAGGAGUUCAACGAUUACGUCGAUGUCGACCAGAUGGCCUUCUACGCUACGUGCGUGAAGUCAGUGCAGCAGAGGUUGAAUGACGCCAUCGAGAAAGGCAAAUGGAUAAAUAGGGAGGAGUCGAUAUACAAGUGUCCAAUCACAGACUUUCGUGAAGCAGAAGAUAUCGCCGUAUCACUCGAGUUAUUCUACAGAUUGUUCAGCGUGGUCUCAAAAUGGCGGAAAGCUGAAAAACGAUGGAUGGACGGAACGUUUCUAGAACUUUCUGCCGGGCAGAUAGAGGCUGACCUUGAGGAAUACGCCCAGGAAAUGUACAAGGUCAACAAGCAGUUUAUAAAUAGACGCAAGAAAAAAACCCAAUCUAAAAUAAUGACUUCCGUCAAAACUAUCAAGGAAAAAAUUACUAAUAAUAACGAAGAGCCAGCUGUCUUCCAAGUGAUCAACGCUGUCUUAGAAUCCAUGAAAAAGUUCAGGAAUCACAUUCCGACAAUAAUGGUCCUAUGCAACCUGGGCCUAAGGCAGAGACACUGGACGCAGAUGAGUGACCUUGCCAAGUUCGACCUCACACCAGAUUCCAGUACGACCUUGAGAAAAAUGCUGACCUUGAACUUGGGCCCCUACAUGGAGCAGUUCGAGGCUAUCAGUGCGUCCGCUUCCAAGGAGUUUUCUCUGGAAAAAGCCAAGAAAAAAAUGCUGGAUGAUUGGACGAACGUCAAAUUCAAUCUCACUCUCUACAGAGAAACAGGCGUGUCCAUACUGGCUUCUGUUGACGAGAUACAAAUGUUAUUGGAGGAUCAGAUCGUGAAAACGCAAACGAUGCGCGGCUCGCCAUUCAUCAGACCAUUCGAGAAGGAAAUAAAGCAGUGGGAGCAGCGGAUGACCUUCAUUCAAGACGGCAUUGUCGAGUGGCUCAAGGUACAAGCACAGUGGCUCUACUUGGAUCCUAUAUUCGCUUCGGAAGAUAUCACCAGGCAAAUGCCAGACGAGGCGAGAAUGUUUGCAGCUGUUGAUCUCAAGUGGAAAGGAAUCAUGAAAAAUACCGUCCUGCAUCCAUUGGUGUUAUCAGCAACAAGUUAUCCGAACUUAUUGGAUAUCUUGAAAGAAUGCACGACUCUGUUGGAUUCCAUAAACAAGGGUCUCAACAUGUACCUGGAACUGAAGAGGCUCUUCUUCCCGAGGUUAUUUUUCUUCUUGUCGAACGAUGAGAUGCUGGAGAUAUUAUCCGAGACGAAAGAUCCUACCCGGGUUCAACCGCACCUUAAGAAAUGUUUUGAAGGUGCGUGCAGUUUAGAAUUCAAUGAAAAAUUAGAAAUCACUGCUAUGCGAAGUUCGGAAUCUGAAAAGGUUGUAUUUAGCGAAGUGGUCUGCACGCAAGCCACUAAAGGAGCCGUGGAGAAGUGGUUGCUGAACGUCCAGCAGGUCAUGCUCAUGUCAAUCAAGCACGUCAUCCAGCAGUCGAACGCCGCUUACCUGAAGGAGAGUAGAGUUCACUGGGUGAUGAACUGGCCUGGUCAAGUGAUCUUGUGCGUUUCGCAAAUCCAUUGGACGGCCGGUGUUCAUAGAUCAAUUAAGGAGAGGACGUUGAAUGAGUUUGAGACUCAUCUCAAUAAACAACUCUCUGAAAUUGUCGAAUUGAUAAGAGGUAGCCUGACUCGCCACCAGCGUAUUACACUGGGCGCCCUGGUGGUCAUAGACGUUCACGCGCGUGACGUGGUGAAAGAAUUAACAGAUAGAAAGAUCGAAAAUGAGAAGGAUUUUGCCUGGAUGGCACAGUUAAGAUACUAUAUCAAAGAUGGUAAUGAUACUAUCACUGCUACUACUACUGCUGCUGCUGCUGCUACUACUUCAAACAACAAUGGCGAUGUCGUUGUUUCGAUCGUGAAUGCAAUGGCGAAGUAUGCGUACGAGUACCUCGGCAACACGGACAGACUGGUGAUAACUCCACUGACGGAUAGAUGCUACAGGACUUUGAUGGGAGCAUUCCAGCUGAAUCUCAACGGCGCUCCGGAGGGACCUGCCGGAACUGGGAAGACGGAAACGACGAAAGAUCUGGCGAAAGCACUGGCUGUUCAAUGCGUCGUUUUCAACUGCUCGGACGGCCUGGAUUACAUCGCGAUGGGCAAGUUCUUCAAAGGUCUGGCGUCGUCUGGGGCUUGGUCGUGUUUCGACGAAUUCAACAGGAUCGAGUUGGAAGUUCUAUCGGUAGUUGCACAGCAGAUCCUCUGCAUCAUCAGAGCAGUCCAGAGUCACGUUGACGUCUUCAUAUUCGAAGGCACCGAAUUGAAGUUGAAUCCCAACUGCUUCCUCUGCGUCACGAUGAAUCCAGGAUAUGCCGGAAGAUCCGAACUGCCGGAUAAUUUGAAGGUUUUAUUCAGAACUGUGGCGAUGAUGGUUCCUGAUUACGCGAUGAUAGCUGAGAUCAGCCUCUACUCUUUCGGAUUCAUAAACGCCAGACAGCUCUCAGUGAAGAUAGUGACGACGUACCGCCUCUGUUCCGAACAACUCUCCACACAGUUCCAUUACGACUACGGAAUGCGUGCUGUCAAAGCGGUCCUCUGUGCCGCUGGGAACCUUAAACUGAACUACAAAGAUGCCGAUGAGAGCAUUCUGAUGCUGAGGUCAAUCAUGGAAGUCAAUCUGCCAAAGUUCCUUGCUCAUGAUAUUCCUUUGUUUGAAGGCAUAAUAUCCGAUCUCUUUCCAAACGUGAAGUUGCCAAAGGAAAGAUACUCUCAGCUGUUAGACGCUGUAGAUAAAGUAGCAAGUGAUGAUAACUUGACGAUGGUUGAUUUUUUCGCUGAGAAACUCAUUCAGAUGAAUGAGAUGAUGACCGUUCGACACGGGUUUAUGCUUGUGGGCGAGCCUUACGGCGGCAAAUCUACAGUCAUACAUACAAUGGCGAAAGCUAUGAACUACCUCGCCAAUAACAACAACAACAACAAUAAUAAUAAUAAUAGCAACAACAAUAAUAAUAAUUUUUCCAAAGUAACGUGCAAAAUUAUCAACCCCAAAUCGAUAACGAUGGGCCAGCUGUACGGGCAGUUCGACGCGGUCUCCCAUGAGUGGUCGGACGGGCUGAUCGCGAUAACUUUUCGCGAGUUCGCCUCGCAUUCGAUGCGCGGUCGGAGGUGGGUCAUCUUUGACGGCCCCAUAGACGCCCUCUGGAUCGAGAACAUGAACACCGUACUUGACGACAACAAAAAGUUGUGUCUGAUGAGUGGAGAGGUCAUACAGCUUCCGACCUCGAUGAAUCUCAUCUUUGAAACUCUGGACCUCUCCAUGGCUUCGCCCGCCACAGUUAGCAGGUGUGGCAUGAUUUAUUUCGAGCCGAAAAUGCUCGGUUGGCAGUGCAUGUUACAUUCGUGGUUGCGCACUUUGAAGAACAACAUCAACGACAACAGCAAUGACAUCAAGAACAAUGACAGCAACAUCAACAACCACAAUGACAAGAGUAGUAGUGAACUCGUUUACAUAGACAUAGUAGCGGAAUUAAAAAAAUUUGUUGUCUAUGCCCUUGAGGGCGCCAUUGAAUUUGUCACUGAGAACUGUAGGGCCACUUAUUUGCGCAUGACAGUUUCCAUGCUGGUUGGUUGCUUUUUCCGGUUCGUUACCAUGGUGAUCAGGGAUGCACACGAAAAAUUAUUUGGUGAAACAUCAUCUUCAGCACUGGACGAUCAACUGAACAGACUGUCCCACCUAUUCAAACUUAUCAUAUUCAGCCUCGUCUGGUCCAUCGGUUGUGUCCUCGAUGAAAACGAUAGAAUUAAAUUCAACGCACGCAUCAACGAGCUCAUGAAUAUUAACGAGCUGACUAAAAAUAACGUACUAAUUAGCAUUGAUGGUGGUGGAAAGUUUGAAAAUAGCCGCAAAGUGGCUGACGUAUACGGCGGAUUGUUGCCUGCCCAUGGAGAACUUGUUUAUGAUUAUUACGUUGAGAACAAUGAAUGGCUGCCGUGGCUGUUGAAGGCGGAGGAAAAGCAGGCGUCAACCUCAAAAAUUGUGACGUCAUCAUCAGCGAAGUUACAAAACGUGCUAAUACCGACAGUCGAUACCGAGCGUUAUAACGGUAUCAUGGAUUUCUGCAUUCGUUAUAAAGAACCCUUACUGAUCGUGGGGCCAACCGGAACCGGGAAAUCCGUGUACGUUCGAGAAAAGUUGUUGAGAGGGGUCCAGAGAGAUGUGUACAAACCAGCAUUCAUUAAUUUUUCCGCUCAAACUACUGCCAAUCAAACUCAAAACUUGAUAAUGAGUAAAUUAGAGAAACGAAGAAAAGGUUAUUACGGCCCACCGAUCAAUAAAAAGUCAAUCAUAUUCAUCGAUGAUUUCAACCUACCAUCUCAUGAAAAGUUUGGAGCACAACCACCGCUGGAACUUUUGAGAUUCUGCCUGGAACACGGACACUGGUACGAUCUGAAGGACACGAGCAAAAUUCACCUGCAAGACGUUCAGUUCAUCGGGGCCAUGGUCCCCACAAUGGGCGGCAUCCGGGGGCACGUGGACGGCAGGGUCCUGCGACAUUUCCUCAUUACUUCGGUUAAUUCGUUCAGCGAUGAAUCACUUGUUAGGAUAUUUUCGUGCGUUGUGCUCACCUUUCUUAAAUCUGCAAACGAAACGAAGCAAUUAGAAUUAACAAAAUUUGGUUUAAAAAUAGUUGAAGCUACGAAGGAUAUUUACAAAACAUCGACAUCAAUCUUGCUACCAACACCCAACAAAUCACAUUACCUCUUCAACCUCAGAGAUUUUAGUCGAGUAGUAUCCGGUCUCUCAUUGGUGCAGAAAGCUCACCUUAAUGAUACGAGCGUUCUGAUUCGUCUGUGGUGCCACGAAGUACUCAGGGUCUUCUCUGAUAGGCUGGUUAAUUCCGAAGAUAAAGUUUGGUUGGCUGACCUGAUAGAGAAGACGAUAAACAAGCACUUUGAUGUGAAGUUUCACGAUGUGUUCGAGCACCUCCUCAAGGAUAGAACCAGCUACACAACGGCAGACGUGCUGAGCGACCUCAUGUUUGGCAGUUACAUGUGCAUUGAUAAAGAGGUGGACGAGAGAACUUACGAUGAAGUCAACAGCAUGAAAGACUUUCACAAAGUUGUUGAACAAUAUUUAGAUGAAUAUAACGUUGUUAACAAGACCAGGAUGAAUUUGGUUAUCUUCAAAUACGCGUUAGAACAUUUAUCAAGAAUAUCGAGAAUACUGUUGAUACCCGGUGGAAACAUGCUAUUGGUUGGCGUGGGAGGAAGCGGCAGGCAAUCUGUGACGCGAUUGGCUGCUUACAUUUCAAACGUUCACGUCAACCAACCAGAGAUCACCAAAAGUUAUGGCAUCAACGAAUGGCACGACGACUUGAAAGCCUUGCUGAGAAAUGCUGGAGCGCACAACAAACCUUGCAUAUUCUUCCUCGUUGACUCACAACUCAAUGAAGAUUCUUUUCUGGAAGAGGUGGACAAUUUGUUGAACGCCGGCGAGGUUUCAAACAUUUUCAGCGCCGAUGAGUACGUUGACAUCGUCGAAAUUGUUAGUAAUAAUAAUAACGACGAUUUAACUCCAUUAGAAUUAUACGCACAUUUCGUUGAGAGGUCGAAAGCUAAUUUGCAUAUUAUAAUUACCUUCAGUCCGAUUGGUGGAACGUUUAGGUCAAGGUUACGUCAGUAUCCAUCUCUUGUUAAUUGUUGCACGAUUGAUUGGUACCAGCCAUGGCCAAGUGAUGCUUUGCACUGCGUGGCUGCCAAGUUUCUCGAAAAUGUAAAAAUUAAAGAAAAUGAGAAGAGAGAGACUGUAGAAAUAUGUCAAUACUUUCAUUCCUCGUCAACUCUCUUGUCUGUGAAAUAUUUGGAGCAGUUGGGCAGACAUACCUACGUGACACCAACGUCUUAUCUUGAGAUGAUCAACUUACUCAGUACGCUGAUCAACAGCAAGCAGGAUUCGACGAUGAAGGCUAAGAAGAGGUAUGUGUGUGGGCUGGAAAAACUCGCUUUUGCCGCCUCUCAGGUUGCCGACAUGCAGAACGAACUUGAAAAUUUGAAGCCACAACUGAUAAAAAUGGCUGAAGAAAACGUGCGAAUGAUGAAAAAUAUUGACGACGAAUCACAGGAGAUGGAAUACACGAGUGAAAUCGUCAGAUCUGAAGAAGUUGUUGCUAAAAGACAAGCAGCUUCAGCGCAAGAAUUAAAGGAUGAAUGUGAGGCUGAGUUAGCUGAAGCUAUACCCGCUCUUGAAACUGCUAUCACCGCGUUGAAUACCUUGAAGCCAUCUGACAUCACGAUCGUCAAAUCAAUGGUGAACCCACCGAGCGGCGUUAAAUUAGUAAUGGCGGCCGUCUGCGUUAUGAAGGGAAUUCCGCCUGAAAAAAUUGUAGACCCAAACGGAACUGGCGCCAAAAUUUUAGACUUCUGGGGCCCAUCAAAAAAAUUACUCGGUGAUUUGAAUUUUUUGAAAGAUCUGAAAGAGUUUGAUAAGGACAGCAUACAGGUGACGACGAUGACAAAAAUUAGAAAGGAAUUCAUAAACAAUCCUGACUUCGACCCGAACAAAGUGGCGAAUGCAUCGUCUGCUGCUGAAGGUUUGUGCAAGUGGGUUCUCGCCAUGGAGAUUUAUGAUAGAGUAGCUAAAAUUGUGGCGCCAAAAAAGGAAAAAAUGCGAUUGGCUGAAGCGGAGCUCAAAAAAACUCUCGACCAAUUAAAAAUGAAAAGAGCGGAACUUAAAAGCGUAGAAGAAAGACUGAUGAAUUUGAAGCAUCAAUUUCAAGAAAUGUUAGAAAAGAAAGAAAAAUUGGAAAAGCAGGUGGCGCUGUGUGAAGCAAAAUUAGAUAGAGCAGAAAGGUUGAUCAAAGGCCUGGGAGGAGAAAAAGAGAGAUGGACGGAUGCAACAGUUCAGUUGCAGUUGCGAUACGAUAGUCUGUUGGGUGAUAUUUUGCUAUCGGCAGCCAGCAUUGCCUACCUGGGACCGUACACUCUCUCCUUCAGAGAAAUGUGCAUCGCCGAUUGGAUAAAAGUUUGUCAGAAACACGAUAUAUCUGUCAGCUCAAAUUUUUCGUUGUCAUUAACUCUGGGUGAUCCGGUGGUCAUCCAAUCGUGGAAUAUAGCAGGGCUGCCUAACGAUCCAUUCUCAAUUGACAACGCGGUCAUCAUCGCGAAUUCUACAAAGUGGCCGCUCAUGAUUGAUCCCCAAGGUCAAGCCAAUUAUUGGACUAAAAACAUGGAGAAAGAAAACAAACUGCAAGUUAUAAGGUUAACCGAGUCGGAUUACAUGCGAACGUUAGAAAAUUGCAUUUCUUUUGGCAAUCCGAUUCUACUCGAGAAUGUUCAAGAAGAACUUGAUCCGGUAUUCGAACCGUUACUUUUGAAACAGACCUACAAACAGAGCGGUGUAGACAUGAUACGAUUAGGUGAGAACGUGAUAGAGUAUUCGAGUGAUUUUCGCUUCUACGUAACGACCCGGGUUCGAAACCCACACUAUCUUCCAGAAGUUGCUACGAAAGUUGCAUUAAUCAACUUCAUGAUAACCAGGGAAGGAUUGGAAGAUCAGUUGCUAGGCAUUGUUGUGGCUAAGGAGAGACCAGACCUAGAGACAGAGAGACAAUCUCUGAUACUGUUGAGCGCAGAAAACAACAAACAACUGAAGGAGAUAGAGGACAAAAUUCUUGUUACACUGUCUCAAUCCGAAGGUAACAUCCUCGAAGAUGAAACAACUGUAGACUUUCUGGAUAAAUCAAAAAUGCUUUCGAAUGAGAUCCUGAAGAAGCAGAAGGUGGCCAUGGAGACGGAGAAGCAGAUGGAUGUCUCCCGCCAGUGUUACAGACCCGUCGCAAAGCACUCAGCUGUGUUGUUCUUCAGCGUGGCGGACCUACCCAACAUCGAUCCCAUGUAUCAAUACUCUCUCAGCUGGUUCAUCAACCUCUUCAGGCACUCCAUACUCGAUAGCAACAAGUCGAAAAUUCUCGAGAAAAGGAUAUCCUAUUUGAAGAAUCACUUCCAACACAAUCUGUACGAGAACAUAUGCAGAUCUCUGUUCGAUCGACACAAACUCAUAUUUUCAUUUCUCCUCUGCGCCAACCUUUUGAUCGCUAACAACGAGAUGACAAACAACGAAUUAUUAUUUUUCUUAACCGGCGGAACCGGAUUGAACGGACCGACGGAUAAUCCUGAUUCGACAUGGAUAUCCGAACGAAUGUGGAACCAACUCUGCAAUCUCAAGCAGCUAUCCAUUUUUAAGGAUUUCAUAUCUUCCUUCAAAUCCUCGAUAAAUGAAUGGAGGGUAAUUUACGACGAUCCCUCGCCACACCAUCAAUUGCUACCCCCACCCUGGUCUGAAAAAUUGUCCGACUUCCAGAAACUUAUCAUUAUCAGGUGCAUCCGGCCCGACAAGGUCAUACCAGCGACUGAAAAGUUCAUAGCCGAGAAACUAGGUCAAACGUUUGUGGAGCCUCCGAAAUUUGACCUGAUUAGGUCGUACGAAGACUCGGACAAUUGUGCCCCUCUAAUUUUCGUGCUCUCGUCUGGGGCCGACCCUACGGCAGCCCUCAUGAAAUUUGCCUCUGAUAAGGGCUACCAUGGAGAUAAGUUUCAAUCUGUUUCUCUGGGUCAAGGACAGGGACCAGUAGCAGCGCGGGCAAUCCAACAAGCUCGUUUGAUUGGUGGGUGGGUGUUGCUACAGAAUUGUCACCUGGCCAUUAGUUGGAUGCUGCAGUUGGAAAAGAUAUGUGAGGGUUUUAAGAAAGAUAACACCCACGCUGAAUUCAGACUCUGGUUGACCAGUUAUCCGUCCGAUAAGUUUCCGGUUUCCGUCUUACAAAAUGGGAUCAAAAUGACGAACGAGCCACCGAGCGGAUUGAAAGAAAAUUUAUUGCAAUCCUACACCAGCGAACCAAUCAAUGAUUCAGAAUUCUUUCUGGGUUGCCCUAACAAACAACACGUUUUUGAGAAAUUAGUAUAUGGCUUAUGUUUCUUCCAUGCCCUCGUCCAAGAACGGAAGUCAUUCGGCGCCACGGGGUUCAACAUACCCUACGCUUUCAACCAAUCAGAUUUGAGGAUUUCAUUAAGGCAGCUGCAGAUGUUUGUCAAUGAAUAUGAGAAGAUACCAUUUGAUGCACUCACCUACCUUACAGGCGAAUGUAAUUAUGGCGGGAGAGUAACAGACGAUUGGGAUAGAAGAUGUCUGCUCACCAUGUUGGCCGAUUUUUACAACGAUGACGUCAUUCAAGCACAUCGCUACAAAUUCAGUGAUGGCUAUUUGAUGCCAGGGAAGGGAACUAUCGAACAGUACAUUGAGUAUAUUAAGCACCUGCCAUCCAGCCAACCGCCUCAAGUCUUUGGCAUGCACGAAAACAUGAACAUCAUGAAGCAUGUUAACGACACCAAACAACUCUUCCAAGGACUGCUUGCUGUUGUGGCUGCGACCUUAGCCGCUAGUGGCUGCUCUGAAGAGAAGUUGUAUGAAAUCGCUUCUGAGGUUCUUAAAAAGAUGGAUCGAAAGUUCGACACUGUGCAAGCGUCCCAUCGCUACCCGGUCGUAUACGAAGACUCCAUGAACACCGUCCUCGUCCAAGAAAUGACGCGCUACAACAGGCUAAUAGAAACCAUACAAAAAUCUCUGACCGAUCUCCAACGGGCUAUCAGAGGAUUAGACAUCAUGUCGUCGGAGAUGGAAUCGCUUGGCGGUAGUUUACUAAUCGGUCGAAUACCGGAUCUCUGGGUCGGUAUUUCCUAUCCAUCCUUAAAGCCGUUGUCCAGUUAUAUUCAUGAUUUGACCCUUAGAUUAAAGUUUAUGCAAAACUGGUACGAUAAUGGCAAGCCGGACGUAUUUUGGAUUUCCGGUUUCUACUUCGUUCAGGCAUUUCUAACUGGAGUCAUGCAGAACCACGCCAGGUCACGUGUUCUUCCCAUCGACCAAUUAGCUUUCGAUUUCGAGAUUCUGAACACAUUCAAAGUGGCAGAUAGACCGAAGUACGGAGCCUACAUUGAUGGCUUGUUCUUAGAUGGAGGGAAGUGGGACGUUGAUAGUGGUUUGUUGGUUGAACAAGAAAUGAAUGUUCUCUACAGUCCCGUGCCAGUUAUUUGGUUGAAACCAAUCAAGAAGGUUGAACUGUUGGACGGUGACCCUAGAUACAAGUGCCCGAUGUACAAGACGAGCAAGAGGUGUGGCACACUAUCGACCACCGGCCACUCCACCAACUUCAUCAUCAUCAUCCUACUGACCAGUGGUCGGCAUCAUAACCACUGGAUCAAGAGAGGCACUGCUUUGUUGUGUCAGUUGGACGAUUGAAUGGGUGGAUUAGUGAAUGAAUGAACGAGAGAAUGAAUGAAUGAAUGAAUGAAUCAAUCAAUCGGUUCAGGGUCGGUCACCAUAUUACUCAUCAACAACCAUCACCAUUAUCAGUUGGAUGAUUGAAUUAAUGAGUGUAUAAAUGAAUGCAUGAGAAUAAAUGAAUGGAAUGAAUGAGUGAGUAAACGAAUACAUUUACUGAUUUGAUUGGAUAAUUAAUUGAAUGCAAUGAUACGAAAUUUUGUAAAAUCUAAUACAGACUCAUUCUGUCCAUUAAUUGAUUCAAUAUAUGAAAGAAGAAUUCUUAUCAAUAAUUAUUUUAUAAUAUUUACUAAUAUUUAUUAAUUCAUUCAUCCACUCGUUCGUCCAUUCAUUUAUUCGUUCGUUCUUACAAUCACUCACUCAUUCAUUCAUACGUAAGCUGUUAAUUGUAUGCUAAUCUCUGUUGAUUUUUAUCACAAAUAAAAUUUUGUUUGGAA